UUUAAGGUCUGAAUGAGGUGAUAUCUUCACGCUGACAGCUGAGAAGCAGGUCAGUCAGGUUCUUGGGUGCUCUAUUACACAAGCAAGAUUUGGCCAGCUCCACCUAAUUUUGUUUCUCUGACACCCUCCUGCUCAGUGGGACAUUGUCAUACUUAACCCAUCUGCUUUCUCUAAUGCUCGGCAGACUCAUUCCAACCAGGACAGCUGUCUGUGGUAUUUCAGUUCCUGUUUGUAAAUACCUCCAGAACCUGAAGAUUCCCCUUAAUAACACCAAUACCAAAAAAGGCUACAAUGUUGACCUCAGCCAAAAUUCUACUGAUUUCUAAUUUGUUUAGUUUACUAUUAAUUGGAAGCCAUGGGAAAGAAAGUCUAGAGAGAAACACAACACAAAGCAUUGCAGCAGGCUCAAAAACAAUGGAAAAUGAAUCUGUUCCUUUGGAAAGUGAUAGAAAUUUAAGCUCAGAUAAAGAAAAUAGAGAAACGUCCAAUCCUGAGGCAAGUAAUUCCUCUCUUUGGGACCCAUUAAAUAAACACCAUGGAACAACAGAUGUCUUCAGCAAUCCAUCAACGAACAACUUUUCUAGGAAUCCAAGACCCAUGCCUACGUCUCCCACAAGCCAUCCUCUGAUCCAUAGCUCUGUUUCUAAAUUGUCUUGGAACUCAUCCAUAGCAAAUGAAAAUUCUCUUCCAGUCUCAGCACCUCCCAAAGCUACAUCUGCUAUAUCUUCAGAAAAGUUCACUUGGUCUUCAGCCAGUGAUACCAUAAAAACUCCUGACAACAGUUCCAUUUCAGUUAGCAUCCUCCCUACGGCACCAAACAUCACAUCUGUGACUCCCAUGGUAACAAAACCAGAUGAAUGGCUCACCACAUCCAAUGACAGCUUCAUAGGGUUUACCCCCUACCGAGAAACAACAACUCUACAGCCCACCUUAAAGUUUACCAAUAAUUCAAAAAUCUUCUCCAAUACAUCAGACCCCCAAGAAGAAAAUAAAAAUACAGGAGUAGUAUUUGGGGCCAUUUUAGGUGCUAUUCUGGGUGCUUCACUGCUUAGUCUUGUUGGCUACUUGCUGUGUGGAAAAAGGAAAAUGGAUUCAUUUUCCCAUCGGCGACUUUACGAUGACAGAAACGAACCAGUUCUGCGAUUAGACAAUGCACCAGAACCUUAUGAUGCGAGUUUUGGGAAUUCUAGUUAUUACAACUCCACUGUGAAUGAUUCAUCUAUGCCAGCAGGCCAAGAAAAUGCACGGGACGGCAUCCCUAUGGAUGACAUACCUCAACUUCGUACCUCAAUAUAAAAGAAAAGGGAAGAAGGCUUCUGACAGCAAAUGAUCGCCUACACCCUAGUCUUUUCACAAGCCCAUCUUCCAAAAGCUGAAGCAAGAUCACUGUCAUGUGGCUGUGCCAAGGAGAACUAUAAAAGUAUGAGACUAGGAGCAGAAACUUAGAGGAUAAAUCAUCUAAAAGGUUUCCUUUCUUACCAUUUCUGGCUGUACAGAAUCAUCUAUUGAGUAACCUUAAUUCGUAUUUAGGUCUAUUUUACUCUUAGUGUGAAACGUUUGUGGGAAUCAGGUAAAACUAAAAGGGUUCACGAUGCUUGCCCUGCCUGAUAAUUUAACUAACCCUGUUGUCCUAAUUGCAUGCAUCAAUAUUGGCAUUUUCUUGAAGGCAAAUUAGGACACUUUCUUGAAGGAAAAUUUUUUAAAAUUUUGACUUAGAGAGUAUAUGGAGUUUCUGCUCCUGGGGAAAUUAAGGUAAUGGAAGUGAGAGACUUGUAUUAUAGAACGUUUUACUUUCCCGUCUCAGCACAUACAUGGUCAGCCCCUUGAAUGGCCAAGCUGACAAUGACUUUGCUUUCAAUAGGGCAAUGGUAGGGAAGCUGACUCUUAACCAGGAAUGGCAUCAGUUCUCUUCAAAGGGUGAGGAAUCUUAACAUGUCUGAUUUCUUUUAGGACUCAAUUAAUUGGGUGCUUUAAAGAGUCAAUGAGAAACAUGGUGAUAAAACUCAGCCAAAGCAUAUACUUGUACAUAAUUUUUACAGUUUUAAGAUGUUAAAUAAGAACAAGAUUUAUUAUGUAUUAGAUAUUGUUGCUUAAUCAUACAUGGAAUAGAUACUAUCUCUCUAAGUGUGUAAAGUGUAAUGU